AAGUCCACUUUCGCUAUCCCUAGGAGACCAAAGGUCUUCAUUGCUGACAUGAGCAAGCCAGUUGAGGCUGCCGACACUCCUGUGAAAUGAGCUACUAAGGACUCCUGCCAGUCAGCAAGAUGUGCUGCCUUUCACAGUGAUGGCCAAGCGACUUCUAGUGGCUGUUGCCUUCUGGGCUCUGGGUGGCCCUGUUGGACUCCACCAUCUUUACCUGGGUCGGGAUAACCAUGCGCUUCUGUGGAUGCUGACUUUGGGAGGCUUUGGUAUUGGUUGGCUGUGGGAGUUGUGGAUGCUGCCUGGUUGGGUGGCACAGGCCAACCAUCCUCAGGAGAAAUGCUAUAAGAAUCCCCCAAGUUUCAACCCUGUGCGCUUCCUUGGCCAAGCCUUGGUAGGCAUCUACUUUGGGUUAGUGGCCCUUGUUGGUCUCUCAACUCUACCCGGCUUUUACAUUCUGGCUCUCCCUCUGGCUGUGGGCCUUGGAGUUCACCUGGUAUCUGCAGUGGGCAACCAAACCUCCGAUCUUCAGGCUACACUGAUGGCUGCUUUCAUAACUGCACCCAUCUUCUAUGGCCGUGCUUUGGCCAUCUUGCCCAUCAGUCUCACCACGAGUAUGACAGCCCAGAGACACCGGCGCUACAGAGUUACCAAAGCUACCCACGAGAAGCUUAGUGCCCGACUCUAUAGGUUGGGCCUGGCCUAUUUGGCUUUUACAACACCAUUAGCCUACAGUGCCUUCUACAACACAGCUGCUACUGCCACCUAUGUAGCCAGCACUAUUGGAACUGUGCUGGAUUGGCUCAGUGUAUUUCCAUCGCUGUCAGGCAUCCUGGAGUCAGUUCUUCUCCUACCUUACCAUGCCUGGAAGAUGCUGGGUUUCAGUGGUGGUACCUUCAAAGAUUGGGAGAAAGUUUUUGUUUUCGUGCAAUCUUUCCAGAGCGAGAGGCAGCGGAUGGCAUACAAGGUCUUAGGCAUCCAUGAUGAUGCCACACUUGAAGAAAUCAACAAGAGCUACCGGGAUCUAGUGAAGCUUUGGCAUCCAGAUCACAAUCGGCACCAAAUGGAAGAAGCAGAGAAACGUUUUAUUGAGGUGCAGGCUGCCUAUGAGCUCCUCAUGGAGAUGAGGAAACACAAAGCUGUAUGACUGGGUGCAAUAACUUUCUUGCCCUUAUAUAUUUGGGAACCAAAGUGUAACUUUUGAAGCUUCAUUCACAGAGUAAAAGGUGGGGGUCUUCUUUGGAGACAGAGAUAUUUGUUUUCAGCUGCUGGCUGGAGGCUCUGGGACCUAUAAAAUAAAUUGUCCAAGCUCCACCUGGAACAUAGAGGAUACACAGACUGUCACAAACCAGUUUGUUCAUAUACCAGCUUUCUAUUUGCCAAGAAUGUCAAGGAUGAAAUAAAGUAGUAAUUUAAAGAGAGCAAUGUUUUCCAAUCCACUGUAUCUGUUAUCUGAAAAUUUUGCAAUACUUUAGACUAGCAUGAACCUUCUCUUCACCUUUCUCUUCAGGUUGCCCAUCCUUUGACACAGGAAAAUAAUGAGUACUGUCAAUCUUUGUUUUUCUAUAGAGGAUAUUUGUACUGAAGGGUAUGGGCUGCUUUUAUUGAGCUGUUAACACUCUGCUGGCAUGAACUAUCUAUUCUGACUUCAGAACCCUGUAAAGAACUAGGCAAGUACCAUUUAUUUUUGUUGAUAGCAGUUUAAAACAUGUAUGUUUAAUGUUUAAUUUCUAUUAAUUCUCAUUACUAAUUUGUUAUGAGAACUGUUUUAGGUGUAUUUCUAAGCCCCCGUGAGAAAUUUUGUACUGAAAAGACCAGAUUCAGAUUCUUUAAAGAGAUAAGUAGUUAUUCUUGGAGUUGUGGUUUAGUAUGCAGUCUACAAGAAAACAUGACUCACUGGAAAAUCCAAUAGUGCUGGGAAAGGUUGAAGGCAAUAGGAAAAGUGGAAUACUACAUAGAAUCAUAGAGUUGGAUGAGACCUCGUGGGCCAUCCAGUCCAACCCCCUGCCAAAAAGCAGGAAAAUCAUAUUAAAAGCACCCCCAAAAGAUGGCCAUCCAGCCUCUGUUUAAAAGCCUCCAAAGAAGGAGCCUCCACCACACUCCAGUGUAGAUAGUCACUGCUGAUAAGCUCUCACAGUCAGGAAGUCCUUCCUGAUGUUAAGGUGGAAUCUCCUUUCCUGUAGUUUGAAGCCAUUGUUCCACAUCCUAGUCUCCUGGGCAGCAGAAAACAAGCU